CAUGGCGUCUGUGCCUCGUCUGCUGAUUUGCAACCCGCUGAAACGGGAUCGGUGAAGAAGGGGACCUUCGAUCGGUUCGCCAUGGACUGUUCUAGGAUCAGUGAGGUUUAAAAACGACUAACUGUAGAGCGAUAUAAAGUUACUUUAAAAAGCUGAUCGUCAUUGUACCUGUGGAAAGGAAAAAUGGAUCCGACUACGGGUAUGCACAUGUCGGGUGUUCCCCAGAACGCUGAUCUCGUCCAUGUCACUGUCAGUAACCCCAUGAUAUCCAUGUAUCAGCCUCAACCGCAACCUCCAAACAUCACUCAGAUCAUCGCACAGCACCUGGUAUCUCAAGAAGUCUCCUGUCAGGCCAUACAACACGCUAUUCCAUCGCACAUCCAAGCGCCGUCACACAUCCAGACUCAGUCUCACAUCCAGCCAGUGACACAUCUACAGCAUCAGCAACCUCAAGGCCACAUUUCAACACAAGGCCAUAUAACAACACAGGAUCCAUCAGAAGGCCAUAGUGCACAAACAUCUCAGGACUGUGCAGUGAACUCGGUGCAGGUCCCUUUUGCAGAAGUAGCCUCUCUGCUGGACCCAAACAUGAAAAGCUCAAAGGCCCGUAAGUACCAGAUCAAUUAUGAGGAGGUGAAAAGGAGAUUGGAAGCACCUGAGAAGAUGUCGCUCCGGUCUCUGGCCGCCUACACGAGAGUUAGCCGAGGUCCGGCUAGUAAGAAGACCCUGCUGGAGUCCCUCAACGUUUUUGGUCUGUCACCGAGCACCAACACGGCUGUGUCCAGCUCCUUUUCUAAACUAACCGAAGGUGACACAGCGGCCCUUUGCAAAGACAUGAAGGACUUUGCGCUGCAGUAUGUAGAUUAUGAAAACAUGGCUAAACAGUUGCUUCCUGAAACAAACCAGGUGCAACAUUGGUCAAAAAUCAUUGAAACAAGGAACUAUCUUGAGGGGAUGCGAAAAAUGUUCAAUGAACCCGCGAACAGCCACCUGUUCUCCAACGUUACGCACGGCCUCGGUAACGGAAUGAUGGACGUGGCACUUGACAUCAUCGACACCGUCAUCGACAGACAAAUCCGAAUUCUCUCAGGGAACACAGACCCCAAACCCGAACCUCCAUCGAGAAGGAUCAGGAAACGCAACCGUAAGCCCAAAGCUGCCACAGAAGACGGCAAACCUAAAGACAAAGGUAAACGAGGUCGAAAGAAAGGAAAACAGAUGCGUCUGGAUUCCGCCGUUCCAGAGGUUCAACAGUCCACAGAGAUGGAGAGCAACGUCUUAACGCUGGUCUCUGUGGGAUACGAAACCAUUUCAAGCGGACUCAACACCACCAAUGCAGGUCUUGCUUGAUAUCACGUGCCGGAGGGGCACAAAAAACACUGUGAAUUCUGAGUGCAACAUUUUUUCACAGAAAAGUUUAGUUUUAUAAUGUUAAGAGUCGAGAGUGAAUACUUUUCUCCUUCGGUUUGGUCAAUCAGGAAGAGAUAUUGUUCAGUGUGUAGAACAUCAUUUUUCUUACUGUGACGUUUUGAGUUAAACUGUAUCAAUCAUUCAUUGAACUUUAAUUUUAUAAAGAGUAAACGUACACAGACACUGUAUGCUUUUAAAGUAGCAUGCAAACUACACUUUUAGAGCACUAUGUUUUAUUAUGUUAAAUUUAAGCGUAAUAACAGUUAAUUUCGUUAAAACAUUGUUCCAUUCUGUUGUACCUAAUUUUACAAUCAAAGAGAAAUUUAGUUUAAAUAAUAACAUAUCUUUUCGAUUGGACUUUAUUGUUAGUUUUCAGACUAUUUAUUUCCAUUUUAUGUCUGUUGUGUAGUGUAUUUGAACAAUUGUACUCAGUAAAUUUGCA